UAAAUACAAAUAGGACCAUUAAAGGCGCUCAAUUGUUUAUUUGAGUUUCAACAUUGCAAAAGUGCCCACAUUAAUGAACAAACAAAAAACACUUAACACAUGAAAAUGAACAAAAGGAGCACUUAGUAACACUUAAACAAAAUAAAAACUCAAUACUUCGUACAACACGAACAAAUUUUUUCACAACAAAACAGAUAAUACGUACAACAAACAUAGCGAGAAAGAACAAAAGUGUACCAAAUUAUAAGGAGAAAUUAAAGUAUUUUAAACGAAGCUGUAAAAAGAAGCUCAAGCUAAGCUAUGCAUUAGAGAAGCAAGCAAUUAAAGGACGAAAUCAAUUGCAUGCGAAAUAAAAGUGUCUCACACAAAAAAUAAAAAAUAAACGCAUCAACAAUUCACAUCAAUCAAUCACUGAUAUAUGUAAAUUAAUUUGAUGAUCUUAUGCAACGUUUAAGUUUAUGUAUGCACAUCACGAGAAGCAAAAACAAAAAGUAAAACAAAAGCAAGGCAACAAAUUAAAUAUUUUAAAGCAAUAUUUAAGUAGCGUUUAAGUGUAAACUUAAUUGAAUAAUUAUUUUUUUAUUUGUGUUUUUUGCAAAAAUUUAUUCAAGACAUUCGUUUAUUGUUGUUGUGCUUUAAAUGUUCGUUCGCCGUUAAUAUUCGCUCAGAUUGAAGCUCUGCUUGCACGAUAUUAAAUUGAAUUAAUUAAUUAAUUACUAAAUAAGAACUAAUUCGUGCUUGAUGGUACUACAAUUCUCUUGAGGACUAAAGAUAAUUGCAUUUUUUGCAAGAGGAGAAUUUAUCAUAAACACAAACGAACAAAAACCUCCCACACACACAAAACAACAACAACAACAAUCCACAGCAGCACGCACCUGUUGGGCAAGUGAGCGCAUGCGCAACAAUUCCAUUAUCAAAAACGCACGCAUCGUACGAAAUACGGAAUAAAGCGGAGACCACACUCAUACACGCUUCAACAAUAAAUAAAUAAAAAAAGAAAGACGCUUGCGCAAUUGCGUUCAAAACGCGUUACAGAUGGCCCAUGUUGUCGGCGUACCUAAGCGGGAUCCUUGUCAAAAUUGCCAGUUGCCCGUUUUUCUCGCCGAGCGCCUGCUAGUUGGCAAGAAAGUUUAUCAUCGCACUUGUCUAAAAUGUGCGCGUUGUGGUUCACAACUCACGCCUGGUAGUUUCUAUGAGACCGAAGUAGACGGCGAAUACUGCUGUGAAACAUGUCCCGACGAAGAGGUGCAGCUUAAUGAAGUCUCUAGCAGCGAACUGGCAGCAGGUGGUGUACAGUUACGCCAUGGAGACGAAGAGGAAAUGCCUACCACCAGCAAAUCUAGCGCAGCACUUCCAAAAGCCGCGCGUAGCUCCAUCGCUGAACGGCUAGCCUUCUUUGAGCAAUCGAAGAAGAGUGCUGGUGGUAACAGCAGAAGUGAAGCAGUAACUGGCAGCAAUUUGCUGCUGCAGAAAAGUGUUUCCGAUGAGGAGAAGAGCAAGAGUCUGCAGCGCAUGGAAGCGCCUACAACCACGACAACGUCACCGGCGUACAAGAUGAAUAGCGCGCUUAGCAGUUUUCUCAAUGACACUAUCGAUGUUGAGGGCGAAGAUGCGGAGAGCUUAUCCAACACAGUUGAAAGUAAAUCGGGCGCAGAAACACAAAUGGAGACAUCAGACACAGAAAACGAUACAGACACGGAGGCGAGUUUGGAAGACGUGGCCGCCCCUGCAUUGCCUACAACCCAGCCACCUUCGGCGGUGGAAGAAACAGGCUCGGAAAAUAAACGCGAGAAAGUGAAAGCUGGAAGAUUUACAACCACUGCGCAAUUACAGUUGGCCACUGCGCCAAACGAAGCCGAAGCAGUAAAAGUAGCAGCUGUUAGUGGCCAACUACAAGUGGAUGAAUUUGCUAAAAAGACGAACGACAACAGCACUGAGACCACGUUGGAAAAUAUGAAAACUGAGUUGCAAAUGAAUUUGGCAGCAACUGGAAAACAAGCAAAUAUAAUUAGUAAUACAGCGAGCCUAACAGAACCUGAAGCCCACGUCGAUCAACAAGCAGAUAACGCAAACAACAAUGGCCGCCAUCAGAAGGACGAUUUGGAGAACGCCUCAACAAAAUUGGCAGCAGAACAAAAAGCGCAAACAAGCCCAGCAGCAGCAGUUAACUUAGAUUUAAGUGAACCUAAUUCUAAUGAAGAUGUUACCAAAGACCAAAUUGCAGAUACAAUUGUAAUUGAUGCAGCAACUGCACAGGCGCAGCAGCAGGUACAAUCAACGGUAUCAAACACUGAGAAACUUGCAGAACUGCGAGCAAAUCUCAGUGAAUUGGAUACUGAGAGUCGGACUGAAAAUAUGGAUACGUCUGUGGAGAAGCCUGUUGAAAUGCGCAUAAAGUCACUGGAGUCACCAGAGGAUGUUGCAACCACCGAACGACUCAGUGUGGUGCGUGCGCGACUGCAACAAUUCGAAGUAAUUGCAAACAAACGUAAUAAUAAUGCUAAUGAAGAGAAACGCAGCGAUAAUGAUACACGUAAUGAUAAUAAUACUGACCAUAAGAUAAGUGACGCUGAAAUGGAUAGUACUAACACUCCUAGCGAUAAGAAGUUACUGAAUACUGGUCAUGAAGUGGCCACGAAACUGGAUGAACAGGUCUCUAUGACAUCAUCCACGCCAAAUGUAAUUAAAUCUAAAACAAUUGAAAAUGUGAAAAGAGUUAAUCUAGAAGAUGAAGCAAAAUUGCGAGCUAUGGAAAUGGAGAAGGCGGAACAAAUUGAAGCGAAAAUACAGGAAAUCAAGGAAAUCGAAAAACCAAAUGUAAAUGAAGUGCCUUUAGAAAUGGAAACUGAAGAAGACAAUAAUGUAGAGUUAAAUGUAAUUGAUAACGAGUUUAAGCCCGAGGAGGAACGGAAAGCAUUAAAAGAAACCCCGAAAAUAGAACUAAGUGAAGUGGAAGUAACAACAGUAAAUACAGAAACUGCAAAGGAGUUGGCAACUCAGUCACUAUUGACUAGCGGCGACAUCGUCAACGCACCAGCAAUAAAGUCACCAACUACGCCCAGCAAAAUCAACCCGGAUGAAUAUCCCGAAGAUUUGAAUCCCUUUAAAUCGGAAGAUGAAGAUGAGGAACUAGAUGCCAAUAAAGAAAAUGUCCAAGAACAAUCAGUCGAAUUAAGAACUCCACAACUGCGUGGCAGCUAUACAACACCCGCAAAGUCUGCAGAGAAAGCACAAACUCUCAAUCCAUUCGAUAGUUCCGAUGAUGAGGUCGAAUUGGAGAAGACAUCACGCAACUCAACGGCAGCAUCUACGCCAUCAAGCGGCAAAGUGCCACCACCACGUCCACCACCACCGCGCAUAUCGCGUAAUCCUUUCGGUGAGGAGCCCGAGGAAGAUGCAGCGAGUUUUUCACGUCGUUCCAGUUUGUCAUCAUCAUUGACAAAGAAGGCACCUGUGCCAACACCUAGAACAAAUAUGUAA